AUGAAGAAGAUGAUUCGAACAGUGAAGCUUUGAGGAAGAAAAAGGAUAUUGGGGAAGCAUGUUGACUACCCUCAAAAUAUAGACCUCAAAACAGAAAAUGAGUUCUUGGAUAACAGAGGGCUAGUAUUGACCACAGAAUCUGCUAGGCUAAUUGAGUGAGAUAAAAAAAAGAAAAAUGAGUCAAGGCACAAAAGCAAGCAAAAAAGGCAAAAGGGCAAAAAAUAA